CCAGAUUCGUCGAUUCGGGAUUCGGAAACGGAGAAUGACACCGCGAUGGCACAGCGGUCAGGCUUCAUUGGUUCUGUAUUGGUGCAGGCAAGUGGACUGCCCUUCUGCAUAGCCUCACAGGUGCAGGCAGCUUGCAGUCCACAUGAGGUGCUGCGGUUGCUUUGGAUGUAUGGCGUCAGCUGCGUGGACGCCAUGUUUGCGCUGUGCAUUUUCUUGGCAAAGGAAGACCCGUGGCCGCUACUGGCUGGAGUCUUGCUCACCGGAGUCCAUCGUGGCUGGACGCUACCUCGCAGCUGGAAGCAGCGCACAGUGAGAGCGUGUCUCGGGGUGUUUUGCUUCAUCAGCUUCGCGGUUUUGCGGCCGCACCUCGGCGAUGCCGCGCGGUCCCUGGCGAUCGCAGCCGCAUCGUUGGGGCUCCAAGCGCUGGCCCCGGCCUUCUGCGAGUCGGACGCGUCGCUUGCCACGGGCGGAUCGAUUGGCCCGCGGUGCGAGGGCAAGGCGAAGGCAAAGGCGAGCGCGUGGCGCAAGGAGCGACCCAAUUUGACGAAGGCCCGGGCACUGGCCAGCGGCCCCAUGGUACGGAAAGGGGCGACGCGACCUGAGCUGCGGAGCGAGAAGCAGCCCAAAGACACCUCGGAUGAGCAGAAAGCGACUCGUUGGACCUUCAGCGGACUGAAAGCUUCAGAUGCGGCUGAGCCGCGGCGGCGGCUCUCAGAGCCGAAGCCGCCCGACCCCAGUGGUUCCGCGGCGACGACGAUGCUCAAGGCGAAGGCGUGUCAGCUGCCUGAGACCCGACAGAGCAAGACAGAGGCCAAGUACAUGGAGGCAAGUGUGGCAAAAGCACCGUGGGAUGCCAAAAGCGCUGCGCCGAUGCCAACAGGCAAGGCCGUGAGAGCCCUUCGCCGCCACUCGCCGCGUUGCGUGGCGAAGGAGAACCUUUGCCCCGGCACCGUCUUGAAAGAUGCGAAGGAGAAGAGGGAGCAGCUGCAUAUUUUGAGGCAGCUGCCUUGCGCCGCCGCGAGAGCUUUGCCGGCGACCGGGAAUGGCGGUAUGUUUAUCGAUCCAGACUUCGAGGAGAAGACCUCGCAGGCUUUCUUUGAAUUUACCCAGAUGUGCGAGAGAUGCAGUGCUGGCCAUUCGGAGGCUGUGGCGACAUUAGAACGCCGGCUGAGGGAGUGCAGGUUGACGGGUGGCCGGAAAUAAUUCACCAGGGGUUGGGCCGCUGUUUCCACGU